CCACUUACCUGUGCAAGGUGUUUGAGUCGGCACAGCUGACAUCCAAGGUCCAUGUCACGGAAUUCGGCACAAUAGUAGACACCAACCACCCACCCUCAGUGCACCAUACCUCCAUCUUCGGCUGCACGCAGGACGAGUUUGACAACAUUCCUCCUGCGGUCCGCGGCACACACUUCGACUGCAACCCCCUCUCCCUGUGCGCCAUGGUGGUCGCCAUGUGGGCUAUUGGCGGCCGCCCCUUUGUUUACCCCCCGAGCGCUGGCUAACCCACCGGCCCCCACUACUAUACAAACGCACUUCACAAAUCCCGAGGGCCGCAGCGACAUCGUUGACAGCAGCGGCAUGUAUGUUAAGGUGGAGAGAACCCCCCGCCCCAUGGACGCGUCCAUCAUGCUGACCGGCCCUCUGUGGUACCAGCAGCAGAUCCGCAUCCACCCUGGACAGAUGUGUGGUGAUUACUGCAGGCUGAACAGGAUUACCAAGAGUGACAGGUACCCGAUGCCGAUGGCCGAGGAAAUAUUCGAUAAACUGGCAGAAGGGAAGGUGUAUUCCACGCUAGAUCUGCGACAGGGACUCAAUCAAAUCCCAAUCAAGGAGGAGGAUAAGCCGAAGACGGCUUUCCAUGGGCCCGACCGACUCCCUCUUGGAUGCUGCAGUCCGUGUGUCCGGGGGUGCGCACAAAAGAGGCGUUUGGAGCCGAGUCCGUGAGGGUCCUUGCGAGCAUGAACCACCUGCACUCGCUGGGCCGGCAGGUCUACACCGAGGCGUUCAGGGGUGGCAAAAAAGUCACCACCAUCAGAAAAAUCGAUUACUAUGAUUAUGAAUCCCAGCAGACCAUCCCAGUGUCGCCCGAGUUCGAGCUCCGCCCGAGUGAUGAGCUACGCACCACGUGUGUGUGGGACUCGACCAAGCGAGGCAACAUGAGUCCUCCUUGCUGACAUAUGAAGGGCUGCGGUGCAUUCGAUAGACUGGGUGUGCUAUGAGCUGUGAGCCGUGAGCUGUGAGCGAUGAGCUGUGCACCAUGUGUGUGUGGGACUCGACCAAACGAGGCAAUGUGAG